AAAUCAAAAUUUACAAAUGAGCAAAAAUAACUAAAUAUUGCAACCAAAUAUCAAAAGAAGGUCCAACCAUGAAAUUACCUUCUGAAAUAAACAAAAAAGAACAUUCUGGACAGCCAUGAAAUACUUAUAUUUGUGAGGCAGUCUUGGUAAAGACAAAAAGUUAACCCUUCCAAGAUGAUAUUAGAUUACUGAAACUUUCCCUUUUACAACAAAGUUUACUAUGUGCCGACUAUGUAUAAUAUGUCUUGAUCUAAGUAAGCCAAAAAGAUUAUAAUAUGUUAGUUUUGUUGAAAAAAACAAAAUCAAAUGAGAAAAGAAAAGGAAAUAAAAUGAAAUGAAUGAUCAAGAGAAUCGUAAAAUAGCAAAAUAAUAUAUAUUGAAGUAAUAAUAAAAGAAUAAAGAAGUAGAGAGACCAGAAAUAAUAACAUAAAAUAUGAUUAUUGCUUUUUAUUUUAAUAAAAAAAAUAUUAUUCACUAAAAAAGCAAAUACGAUUUUCAUGCCCUAAUAAGAUAUUACAAUAUUGUAUUUUUCCCUUUUCUUUUUUUUAUGUGAGUUGUGAAUUGUUUAUAAAGUUCUAAUCCUACUUUAAAAUGGAUAUAUCAAUUACAUAUAUUAAAUGAAAAGCAGGAAAAGAUAAAAUGUUUUUACUGUUUAUUUGUAGAUUAAAAGAGAAAGUUAAAAAAAAAAAAAAAAGGUUAGCUUUCAUAAAUUAGUAUUUAUGAGAAAAAAAAAAUUGACAUAUUUGAUUUAUUAAAAAGAAAAAAGAGUAUUCUCUUUAUUUCUGUUUAUGUUGGAAUAAAUUAGACUGUAAUUUUGCAUGAUAUUGCAGUAAGCCGAAGAACUCGCCUAGCUAGACUACGUCAUUAAUUGUACACGUGGCAACAUUUCACUUAUUACUGGACCCAGCAAACCGUUAUCAUGCAUAACUAACUACCUAGAGAGAGAGAGAGAGAGAGAGGAAGUUUCACAGACUUAUAUCUAACUGACUUAGCUUAAAUCACAUUUGCUUAGGAAAAAAACACUCUCCUCAUCUUCUUUUCUUUUCUUUUUUUCUUUCUUUUCUUUUCUUUUGUUUUCUUUUCUUUUUCUCUCUAAGCAAACAGAAAAAUACAUUAAGAAAAAAGAAAAAAGAAAUGGCAAAGUUUAGCCACGAUCCUCAUAAGCCAUCACUGCACAGGCUUAGAUACAACCCUUGUAAGCCAUUACUACUGUGGCAUGAGCGGCAAGCACUUGAAAAAUACUCUAGCAUGGAGUCCCCAGCUCUGAGUGCUGAUGCCUUUAACAAAGUAGAGAUUAGGGCUCUUAGACAGAAUGUUGCAUUCUUUCUUGCUGAAUUUACGAACAUACACUACCUCGAUCUCUUCGUUCCCUAUAUUGCUAUGAACUACUUCGAUCGAUUCAUUUCAGGAAAUAAUAAACUGCCGACUUUCAAGAAUAAAGAUUUUAACUAUCGUUGGCGUAUCCUGGCACUCUGUUGCCUGUGUCUUGCCUGGAAAAUGAGGAGACAAUCCUUCAGAAUCAAAAGACUUUUGCAAGUGAGAACGGAUCUUGGUAUCUAUGGAGAUGAUAUCCUGAAGGUUGAGAUUCUCAUUGUCAGAGCACUUAAUUGGCGCUUGCGUUCUAUAACUCCCCUGUGCUUCGUGCAGUACUUCUGGUCUUUAGUUGCACACCCAGCAAUCAAAUCAAAUGCCAAAGAAAUUAUAGUUCAAUCACAGGGAGACAUACGCUUCACACAAUACAAUCCCUCAGUUAUAGCAGCAUCAGCUGUUCUUGUCUCUUACUAUAACGAACCUGCCUGCAGGCAAAAGCUUAUUGGAGGAAAUAUCAAAUUGGAUCAAAGACAACUAGAAGACUGCACCAAGAUGAUGACUGAUAUGUGCAAAGAAAAGAUGAUCCCUUUUGUUGAGAGGAAGUUUUACCUAGGGGAGUGUUCGAAAGCAGGAGGGAAUUUUGAAUCAUCAUCUGUAUCUGGAGAUUUAACAGCAAACAGACCUGAGAUAGAAGAGUUAUCUCACAGACCUGGCAAGGAGCCAAUUGUGGACAAUUCUGUAGACCCAAGUCAAAUAAUGGAAGAUUUACUGAAGGAAGCUGGUCGUGCGAAGGAGGCUACAAAGAGAGCAAAAGAUCUGCAGAUAAUACAUCUUGAGCUGAAGUGGAUGAUGAAUGUAAAAGGGAACCUGACACUAGAUCCCUCUAUGUUUCCACCUGAACCUGAAACUGAUCAAGAAGUAAAAGAAGAAAAAGAGGAUAAAGAAGAAAAUGAAGAAAAACCACCUAAGAGGAUGCACUCUUUUCUGAAGAAGUUUGCCUGCUUUGGAAAGAUGAAGGCUAAUUAGUCUAGUUCAUUGAACCUAAUGUACCACUGCAAAUACUACAGCCCCAAGUAGCAUGGAAUCAAACAUGUCAUCCUUGGGUAGAACUUUAUAUAGAUGAAUUUCCAUGACUUACCAUAAAUUCUG